AUGAAGAAGGAUUACAGCAUAGCGAUCGACGAUGGCGAAGAUCUUGAUAUCGAUUAUUUAACUGGCAUUUACGAACGAAUCCGUACACAAGAGUUUCGCCCUGACAGUGACCAUGUCACGCAAGUGGCCAAAUUCGAGCAGACACUUAUUGGCAAAAAGCCCACCUUGAUCGCACCGCAUAGACGAUUGGUAUGUUACUGUCGUUUGUAUGAGAUUUAUGAUUUGUCCAAGCGAGAACGGCUUACUGCACAUCAACGUGAAGUCUUUCUUUUCAAUGAUCUACUUGUUAUUACGAAAAUCUCGGGUAAAAAACGUCAACAAUUGCAAUAUCAAUUUCGACAGGCAUUCCGCCUGUCAGGAAUGAAUUUGUAUUUAUUCGAAACAACAUAUUAUCAAUAUGGAAUUCGUCUCGUACGUAAACCAGACGUUAAUCAAACCAAUCUGAUUACCUUCAAUGCUCGAAACGAACAUGAUAGAUCGAAAUUCUGUGAAGAUCUCAAAGAAGCAAUUAUGGAAAUGGAUGAAAUGGAAGGAUUACGUAUUCAAUCCGAAUUAGACAAAUUACGCGGUUCAUGGAGUUCACUAGCAGAUGUACCGACAACAAACGGAGUUGUUUCGUCAUUAAUUGAUUAUCCAACAAAUAAACGUGAACGACCAUUAUCGAGAACAUUGUCAAACUCUUUACUUGAUAUGAGUUUAACAAUGAACACAUCGGCAACAUUUAAUCAUCAGUCAGCGAUAAACACUGCGUCAGAUGUUCUGCCAUAUCGAAAUUCUCAAUGUUCAGUGGAUAGCGGAAUGGUAUCAAUGACAAACGAUUUCUCGCCAAACAAUGCCUAUCCGCUUCGUUCGAUCGGAGUUAAACUAACUUAA